UAUAUUUAUAAACAACUCAAUGCGCAAGUCCGUCACAUGUGCCGGCGGAAAAAAAAUUGCUAAACAGCCAGCAAACAAUCAGCAUUCGGCAUGGUACAUUGGCAUCUGUAGAGAAUGCAGUCAGACAGUCAAACUUUUCUCUUCGACGUAUAUAAACAAAUUUCGAGAGCGUGGAAAAGCCGGAAAACCAAAUACGCAGACAAUUCAUUAAAAAAAAUACAAGCAAACAGUUCAUGAAGUUAGCCUGGGAAACACAUCUAAAAUUAACAUAAAAAUUAAAAAUAAAAUAAAACAAUUAAAGCAAGAAAAUCUACAUAUUUUGAAUGCACGGGUACUCGGCAAGUGCAUCCACAGUUUGAUUAAGAAUACUUAUUAAGCUAAAAAGUGAAAAGAAACAAACGAAAGUAGAAGCUCAGAAUUCUAUAUAAACCUAAUAUAAAUAUAUUACAUUGUUGUGAGGUUAAAAAAUCGUCAAAACGCCGUACCAAACGAAAAUGGAGCGCAAAUUGCUAUACGCCUUUCGGGGCUGGAUAGCAUUUGUUGCUUUUAUGGAUUUGGGAACGGCAUUUCGUAGUUAUAUAGAAAGGCGGAGCUUCCUUGGGGAUCAUACGGAUACUCAAUUUAUCGAAGGCGAUUACACAAUAUCCCGCAUAAUUGGCAUGUAUUGUUUGCUUAAAGCGAUUGCUUUAGUUCAUUGCACGCUCUACAUUCACUACAGACCAGUCGUUAGCAUGGGUGGCUGCUCAUUGGCUUUAACCAUGGUUCUUUAUGCUUCCGAAGCUUUAUACUUUCGUUCGAGUACAUUGAACUUUUAUGUGAUCUUCCCCUGCGUUCUAAAUUCAAUUACAUUAAUUGGACUCAUUUAUAUACCUAGGCGUUUACGCUUGUGGGAGCCCAGCUCAGAUAUGGACGAUGAAAACUCGCAAUUACUGAAGCAAAUGACUGGUUUCAAACGACGCCGCACGAAAAAACAAAUAUAAAAUUUAGAAAAAAAUUAAAAA